AUGACAACCCAGCAAAGAUACUCGUAUUUGCUCUCUCCAUUUUAUGGAUGGCAAAAGGCCACUCUUUUAUCACCUCCAAUCGAAAAGAGGAAAGCUAGAGACUCUAGUAGCAGUAGUAGUAAACAAAAUCAAAAAAAACUUUUUUCAAGUGAUUUGUCCACAUCAUCGAACUUUGACGUAAUUGAGAAUUCACUGGUAGUUAAUGAUGAAGUUGAAGACAUGUUUUUUGAAUAUGUACCCAGGGAAGAAAAAGAGGAAAUAAGCAUUUUAGUUUUAAAAGUGAUGUUAGUAUCAUUAUUGCACACUCUUCUACAACACAUUAGAAAAUUACAAGAGGAAAUUAAAAUAUUAAAAGCCAAUGAUAAAAAAACACACUGUGAGACAGUAUUGACAGAUAAAAAUUGUAACUUUUACACGAACAUUGCUAACUUGGGGUUAUUCUACAAACUUCAUGAAAAAAUUGCACCGUCAGUCAGAAGGCGUUAUAGAAGUAAGAAUGAUCUUGAAGGGACAAGACAGUUCAAAGUUACCCCUGAAAAAAUGGGUCCAGAUAGAAAAUUGACUUCAUGCGAUGAAUUUAUAUUGUGUCUGAUGAAAUUGAGACUUGGUCUGUUAACACUCGAUUUAUCACAGCGGUUUGAAAUUUCUGAAAGUUUGUGUGUGAACAUUUUUGAUUGUUGGUUUAGAGGCAUGGCUGAAUAUUUGAAGUCAUUUGUUUAUAUUCCAGAUCCUGGCACACUUUUUUUGUCAUCUCUCAGACGCUUUCACCAAUUUAAAAACUUAAAUGGUAUUAUAGACUGUUCCGAAAUUUUUAUAGAGACACCAAGAGACCUAGAAUUACAAAGUGCAACAUGGUCAGAUUACAAGCAUCAUAAUACACUGAAAUUUCUUGUAUGUGUUGCACCCAAUUCAGCUAUAACAUUCAUAUCAAAAGCAUACACAGGAAGAAUUAGCGAUAAGCAAAUAACACUGGAUAGUGAAUUCUUGGACAAAAUUCCGAAAUAUAGUUCUAUUAUGGCAGACAAAGGUUUUAACUUAUUCGACGAAUGUGCUGCAAGAUGUUUAUAUUUUCUAGUACCACCUGGACGUAGAGGAGCAUCGCAAAUGACUCCCGCUGAAGUUAGCAAAACAAGUUCAAUCGCAAAAGUACGAAUUCUGGUUGAACAGGUUAUCAGACGAUUAAAAACAUUUCGCAUUUUGGCGACCGAACUACCGAUAUCUAUGUUGGGUCAUAUAGAUGAUAUUUUAAUUGUGUGCUCUGCAUUGUGCAAUUUCAAAGAUCCCAUAUAUACUGACUGA